AUGAACGGACAGCUCGCUGGCAAGUCGACGUGUCCCGCUGGAUCCCGAUCAACACCUGCCCUCCAGCAAUCUCAUCUGGCAUCCCCCAAUGAAGACUCCGCCACUGGAUCAAUAGAAGAUGAUGAAAAUACUCUCACUAUGAAAGGGCCCGAUGUACCCAGGUCAAAACCCAUCAUCGUCAAAUCAAUGCCCACCCACCAAAUACCACACUCACCACGAACUACGCGGAGGAACAUGCUUGCGACCGAGUUGACAGAGUCGCUACGACGCCAUCUGCUCUGGGAACGACAGCAAAAGACCACACCGGGCUUUAAACGCAGGCAUACUGCGUAUGAUAUGGGAAAUUUACAGGAGUUCCCGGGGUCCAAGAAUAACAACAGUAACGCGAACAUGGAUGUGAACGUUAACUUGUCCAAUAUGAACGGAGUACAAACAGCGCAGAGGUAUGCGCAAAAUAUCUCGAGCAACUCCGCCUCUAGGGACAAGGAGACAUCUAAGAAUAGUUCGUGGAAUCAUUACUUCGACUACGGACCGUGGGAAUAUCACGUUAAGGGCUGGUGA